AUGGCAGGCAGAGGCCCUGGUGGAGAGCCUGCACUGUCCCGGGGGGGAGCAGGCCCCCAAGUCCCUCUGCCCCAGUGCUACAGGGCUCCCGAGACCCCCAGCCCUGCCCCCCAAGGCCCAGACCAGCCAGGCCCUCCCCUCACCAUCUGGCUCCUGCAGGGCCCUGUCCUGGGCAGCUGGUACAAGGUCCUGGAUCGGCUCAUCCCAGGAGCCACAAAGGCCGUGGCCGUGAGGAAGAUGCUUCUGGAUCAGGGGGGCUUUGCACCGUGCUUCCUUGGCUGCUUCCUUGCCAUCGCCGGGGCAAUGAAUGGUCUGUCAGUGCAGGAAAACUGGUCCAAGAUCCAGCAGGACUACGUGGACGCCCUGCUCACCAACUACUGCAUCUGGCCACCGGUGCAAAUUGCAAACUUCUACUUCGUCCCUCUGAACCACAGGUAG